GUCAUGUGGGACUCUUUCGCUGACAACGACGUCAGCCAUGAAGAAAGUCAAGAGGAUGACAUGACCCCGGCCCAACUGAUCGCUAAGCUGGAGGACGCUUGGCUCAACGAGAAGUUCUCACCAGAGCUGCUAGCAAACCAGUCCGAGGUGGUGGAGUGUGUCAUGGAGCAGCUCACUCACAUGGAAGAGAAUCUGCUGAGGGUGAAGAAAGGCGACGCCAAAGCCAGCAUCCAUCGCAUGGAGAUCGACCGCAUCCGCUUUGUGCUGUGCAGCUAUUUACGCUCUCGUCUGCAGAAGAUUGAAAAGUUCUUCCCUCAUGUACUUGAAAAAGAGAAGUCUCGCAGUGACGGAGAACCAUCGCUGCUUUCGCCUGAGGAGUUUGCCUUUGCCAAAGAAUAUGCUGCAAAUACAGAAAGCCACAUGAAGUCAGUGGCACUAACCCACAUGCCCCCCGUCUUGCAGACUCUUGACAUGCUUAAAGCAGUACCUGCACCCUGCAUGGACUCUUUUGUGUUCCUGCGGGUAAGGGAGAGACAAGAGAAUAUCUUGGUGGAGCCCGAAACAGACGAUCAAAGAGAGUACGCAGUGGAUCUUGAAGAGGGCUCUCAGCAUCUCAUGCGCUAUCGAACCAUCGCGCCACUGAUUUCAAGUGGAGCUGCACAGUUGAUUUAAGUGCUGAGGUGUGUCAGGUCCAUGGCGCCAUGGCCUCUAAGAGGCAAAAUAUGGACUAUUAAAUCUUCCUGGACACAAGCAAUGCAAAUGUCUUUGUAGCAAACCCUAUAAUUGCAGGUUUAUCUAAUCCUAAUCACCCUAAUGAGGAGGUUGAUUAGAUUGUUUUUGCGCUGCACUGAAAUAAUUCAAAGGUGACAUGCAACAAUUCUCUAGUCAUUGUAGUCUUGUGGUUACUAGCGCACAUUACAGUAAGAGAAAAACUGUUUGUUUACACUGCAGGCUUUAAAUUAUAUAAUCAAUUGCUGGUGGGGCUGAAGCUAUCGAUUACUUUAGUAAUUCAAUCAUUUAUCGAUUUGUCCGAUAAGUUGAGUAAUCGGAUAAAACACUUCAUAGUCUGAAUGUGGAUUUUAGAGAAACAUUUAAAAAAAAUAAACAACACUUUUCUAUCAUGUUUUUAAGUCAUCAAUCAAUCAAUCAAUGUUUAUUUAUACAGCCCUAAAUCACAAGUGUCUCAAAAGGGCUCAUCAACAUUGAAAUUGCACUUUGUGCCAAAAAAACUAUCCGCUGAUCACCGCACCCACACACCAUCACUCUAAGGUGCACUUUGAUGCAGUGGCCACACAGAAACUAUGUUUGUGUAUUUAAAGUCCCGGGCCCUCAAUGUGGUGCGAAUGUCAUCGUUUUAUAAUAGUUACACUAAUUAAACGAUUAUUCCAACCAACAAAACAUAAAUUGAAGCUUUUUUCUCAUCAAAUUGUUGCAACUUGCAGCAAAAAAAAUGCUUGAACACGUGCAACAAACAUGGUGCACUAUAUAUUGCACUAUAUAUUUUGCCAUAAUGAUAAAAAGGUUGUAAAAGGAGGAUUGGGGUAUACUAAGUAGAAGUAAUGGAAUGUCUGCAAUAGUUUUCGUAACAAAUCCUACUAAAUGCCAAUGUUAUUAGGCCCUAUCUUUUCUGAUCUGCAGUGUCUCUGACUUAAUGUGUGUUUCAUGUCUGCCCUUCAAACUGUGUUGUCUUUCCUGAGACAUAAUUGUGCUAAUAGCGCUGUUAUGUAAUUUUCAGCAGGCACAAUCAGUGUUCAUUGUGUGCCCUCGCUCAAAUUGCCAAGUAAUUAGACCUAAUGUGGCAUCAUGGAGCACUGAUUGAAGAGAGCUAACAGGCAUUAUCUUCUCGAUGAAGCGAUGCAAUAAUAUUGUUACAGAAUUGUUCAUGCCACAAGAUGAGGUUUUUGUAAGAACACUGAGUGGUGUAAUAUGCAAUAAAUGUUGAAAAUUGAAUUUUAACAUGGAUGAUUGUGAUCAUGUCAUCUUUAUUUUUCAAUCAAUUUAUAGCUUUUUCAGUAGAUUUGGAACUUUACAGUAAUUAAUGGCAUUUGUUUGUUUGGUCCAAACAUCUCAGUAUGUGUCAGGUUUCUAGUGCACACUUUCACCUAGUGACACGUUAGAUGCCUGACACGCUGACAGUGGCCUGUAGUCCUUCCCUGCGUCACACAUGCUGGCACACUCUGACACAGUGAUCCCUUCAGGACACGAGCCAGCCUGCAGAGCUCAUGCAUGACCUGCUCUGACCACAUUUAGGGAUUUGGGGCGAUUGAGGCGGAUAUUUCACUAUUCAAAUCUUGAAUUAAGUCACAAGCAAAUGUUACUGGCGAUGUGACAUUCGUGAUUGAGUCAAAUCUUUUAAAUGACUCUUUUAAAUGAAUAAUGAGAACCGAUUUGCAUUCAUUUUUCUGGUUAAUUGUUCUGCUGUGGAUUUGUAAAGUAGUUGAGGUGUAUACACUCUGGGUAGGUUAGUACAAUUUUGAAUGCACAUUUUUUGUUUUAUAUACAAUAAGACAUAUUUUUGCUAUUUAUUAUUUGCUUAUUUUAUCUGUACUGGUGAGAAAAUAGUGAUCUCAUUGUCAAUACAUACAGGAUGGGAUAUGGCACCAACUUAUGGAAUGUUUACAAUAAAGACGCAAACCAAAUUAUUUAAAUAUUAUCAGGGUUUUAGAAUAAUUUCCACCAAUGGAGCUACAUUAGUGGUAUGUGUAAAUUUGAAUUAUUCUGACCCAAUUCUUGUUUUACAACUGAUUCAUUCCUUGAUAAAAACAAGUAAUUUCUAUUAAAAAAAUACUUUUGAACGGCUCUUUGAAAGGUAAAAUUCCUUAAGAUCUGGCUACCUUCAAAUUAAAUCAAAUAAAAAU